AUGGGUCCCUUCUUCCUCUUUUACUUCUUCGGUUCGGUGCUGGCGACCGUCACUGUUCAACCUUCUAACCUCACCCAGGAUCUCUCCUGGUCCUCCUCCGCUCUCUUUCAUCUCCAGGUCCCAGGUUCCUCGGGCGGCUUCACCCUCGCCCCGUUGACCGAAUCACUUGUUCGCCUAACCAAUACUCAGAAACAGAUCUUUAGUAUCUCCGGAAACCUCACCAAAGUCGUCGCGGAAGACUCGGUUGACGUGAAUUCCACCUCAAUCGCUUGUAUCCCGUGUGAUUCUUCCGACUACCCCGGACCGUUCAAAGCGGACCGCACCGUCGACACCGUCGACAGCGAGUCGAACCCACCAGGGGCAAUUAUCCUGUACAGUAGUUCGGCGUCGCACUGCAAUUUAACAACGGAUGACGCAGCGGAAUCAUAUUCCCAUAUCUUUACUAUCAUCAAUCUACAAUCUUCCACGGUUCUACAGGACGCCUUUGGAUCAAACAAUACCACCGCCACCAUCACCAGUAUGUCGAGCGUCAUGAGCGGCGUCGAUACCGGAAGCACCACAACUCAGGGCACGUCCGGAAAUAGUCCCAAUACAGCGAUGAUCAUCUUGUAUAGCAUUACGGGUAUCAUCACCGCCCUGUUCUUGGGCAUCAUCAUCACGGGUGCUGUCCGUGCUCACAGGCACCCGGAGAGAUAUGGACCCCGUCGGGUUGCAGGUCGACCCAGGCAAAGUAGAGCAAGAGGUAUAGCUCGAGCCAUGCUCGAAACCAUUCCCAUUGUUAAAUUCGGAGAUGAGCCCGCUGGAGACGGCGUUGAUGCCGCCAAGCGAGAUGUUGAGAUGGCCAGCCAGAACUCUGGUCAACACUCUCCUCGCUCAGAGAGCAUCGCCGACGUCGGCGAGACCACUCCCGGCGAAAUCGAAGUUGCAGCACCCGAACAGGAAACCGACCAUCCUAUCACCCCAGUGCCCGAGUCCAAACCCGAUGCAGUGCCCGAUGCUGGCAAUUUCUCCUGUCCCAUCUGUACCGAUGACUUUAUCAAGGGCCAAGAUCUUCGAGUCUUACCUUGUCAGCAUCAAUUCCACCCUGAGUGUAUUGAUCCUUGGCUGGUGAACGUAUCUGGCACCUGUCCUCUCUGCCGCAUCGACCUCAACCCGCCCAAGAAGGAAGAAAAUGCCGAGCAAGACGAAAAUGCCGAGCACACAGAGGAAAACGCGGCCGAGGAGGCGGGAACCUCUUCCACUGAUGUAACACACCGACAUUCCCACCACCGCCUCACAAACUAUCUGAAUGCCCGUCGCAUGCACAAUGCCACCGUCGAGGAGCGCCUCACUGCCCUCCGCGAGGUUCGUGCUGCUAACCAAGGCGAUGCUGCCGACGCUGCCCCUACCCCCAGCCGUCGGCGUCUGAGCACUCGAAUUCGCGAUCGCCUUCGCGUUCGCUCUAGUGUCCACGGUAUGGAAGGUCUCAGUCCUCCUGGAAGUGGCGCAAAUACCCCAGUGACUGUGACAACUCCCACCGUGCCUGUUCAUACCCCUGCGCAGAUCAACGAAAACGAAAAUGAGAAUGAAAGCGAAAUCGCCGGGCCUGCUGAGCCCUCUGAGUCUGCUGAAUUGCCCACCAACUCCAGCAAAUGA